AUGAACACAGAUGAAGCUUGCACUCGCAGAGUUAUGUGGUGCGCGAGUGAAAUGAAGAGACAGAGAAACGAACACGAAGCUUGCACUCGCAGUCCAAUCUUCAAAAUUCAAAUACUCGGUCUUGAGCCUCUCUCUCAACUCAAGCUUGGAUUUUUUUUUCUUCGUUGGCAAUGUCAGAUGAACAUCCAAGGCAGUUUCUUAGUAUGCCAGAAGAAGCCCAGCAGAUGGUUCUUUAACCUGGGGCACACAUUGCAGUUUGGCAUUGGAUUACACCAUGCCGGUCUGAAUGACAAAGAUGGACCUCUGAUUUUUGCUUGUACCUUGUCACUUAAACAACGGAUAAGGAGUAUAAUGGAAGGCAACUGUCGGAUGGAAACGGUAGAUUAG